AUGCUGUUUGCCACGCUGGUCAUCGCUACAGCUAUUCUUGGUCCGGUUGGACCAAGCAAUGCCUACAAAUCCAAUUCUACAAUAUAUCAGCUGGUUAUGCCGAUCGAGACUUGCCCUAAAGAUAUGGAAUGGAAGCACUGUAAAGACACAGGCAAACCCAGCUGCUACAAGUUGCGAAUUACCUUUCGUAAAUUGUACUGUGAACCUGGAUGUCAAUGCAAAAAUGGGCUCUUCCUUUCUCGUGGAAAGUGCGUGUCCGAUUGUUCUAAAGAAGAAUGCUAUGGUCCUAAUGAAGUUCGAUCAAAAUGUGAUGUAGAUAGAGAAUGUCAACCCACCUGUUUUUCGCGCAAGGACCUCGGUUUUUACUCCCGUUCCUGUGCAGGACCAUGCAUACCUUUCGUAUGUGCAUGCGAGAAAGGUUACAUACGUCUUCAUUACUAUUAUAGAAAGGACAGAUGCGUCUCGCUUGCAACCUGCAAAAAACUGAAAGACCAGUAUGGUUCUUCUUUACCUCCCGAAUUCAACGUCUCAAAUCUACUCGAUGAGUGAAACUUGAAAUCGUCAUUGCUAGUAGACUAGCACAGUUGAACCCCAAAUAAACAAAGUC